GGAAACCGCGUCCAAAGAGAGCACCGCCGGUAAAAAAAAAGUGGACUGCCGUGUUCACGCGCAUUUCACCUUUUUUUGCUCCAGUUUGAGCAAAGAUUUAAAUUUGCCGUGUUUUGUGUUUACUAUCGUUUGCAUGGAGCGAUGUCCAGCGGAGACGGUGCACACUGCGAUGGGACGCGGUGUGUCGUGCUGACGGGACCUGAUUGAAAAUCACCGGUGAUCGAUUUAAAAUCAUGCGUUUCCGUUAUUGAUGGCACGUGAGUACUAUCAUCGGUCGUUUCCUAAAUUCAGGAGGGAUUUUCCUUUAAAAGAUUAGCGAGGGUAUUCGGUUCAUGCACGGGUUGCCAUAGCAUCACAUUAAUAUUUUCUUUUUCAUGAUCGGCCUGUUGAAGAGGAGCGCAUAACGAUACUUUGACAUUCCGGACAAUGUGUUUUAACACGAUUCCGCAGCUGAGGCUUGGUUGAAUUACUUUUGACAGUUUAUUCGAAGCCUCCGUUUUUACGCGAACUGAUAAUACAACACAGAAAUGGCUAAAAAUCCGUCCGAGGGACCGAAGGAUGACCUGAGCCAGCUGACGGAAGAGGAGAUGCUGCGGUGCAGCAAAGAGGAGCUGGUCCGGAGAUUACGGAGGGUUGACAGCGAGAAAAUGAACUUGAUGAUCGAGCAUGGCAACAUGAUGAAAGACAUCAACCGGCGGCUGCAGGUGCACCUGCACGAGAUCCGGAGCCUGAAGGAGAUCAACCAGAAGCUGCAGGACGACAACCACGAGCUCCGGGAGCUCUGCUGCUUCCUGGACGACGACCGGCAGAAGGGUAAGAAGCUGUCCCGGGAGUGGCAGCGCUUCGGCCGCUACACCGCCAGCGCCAUGUGGAAGGAGGUGGGCACCUACAUGAUGAAGCUGAAGGAGCUGGAGGCCAACCAGGACACCGUGCUGAGGGAGAACUCUGAGCUGAAGGAGAUCAUCCUCAUGCUGGACGAGGAGAGGAACGGAGCCGGGUCCAGGAGCUCCAUAGACAGUCAGUCCAGUUUAACCAACCUGAACGGGGGCACCGGCACGGUCAGGGAUGUUGGAGACGGGAGUAGCACGUCCAGCACAGGUAGUGCAGGUAGCCCCGAUCACCACAAUCACAACCACAACCACAUACACAAGCCCGCCUCAGAGAACAGUAAGCUGGGCACCACCAUGAGGAGGUCCAUGGAUGACCUGUCAGCGCCACACCAUCACAGGAGCAUCCCCAAUGGACUCAAUGAUUCCUCCUCCAACUACAUCAGGCAGCUGGAGACUAAAGUGCGGAUCCUGGAGGACGACAACAAUAAGCUCCUCUCACAGGCUUAUAGCCGGUAUAGUUUAUCACAGAUUCAGACGAAAAAGCAGUGUAACCCAGGUGACCUCCGUGCCCUGAGGAAGGGAAUGACCCUCUACCACUCAGAGUCCCAGCUGUCCUCACUGCCCCAACGCCAGGACGCCAUGCACAUGGGUACCGGUCGUCUCCCGACCAGCGAGUCCUCUCCUGCCACAGGCUACCUGUCCUGCGUCCAGAAGCCUGAGGCCGUGGUGCACGCCAUGAAGGUGCUGGAGGUCCACGAGAACUUGGACAAGCAGGUUCCCGAGGACUACGAGGACGACCUCAGUGAGAAGGAGAAGGCCAUCGUGAGAGAGAUGUGCAACGUGGUGUGGAGAAAGCUGGGUGAUGCAGCAGGAUCAAAGCUGUCCAUCAGACAGCACCUCUCUGGGAACCAGUUCAAAGGGCCGCUGUAGCAUGGCAACCCGAGAGAGAGCGAGCGAGCGAGAGAGAGAUCAGGAUUUACAGUACCUACACUCACCUGGAAACACCUCGUUACUACCUGCGCUUACACAACCCAUCAUGCCGUGCUCCCGACUGCCUACAGCAUUCCUUCAACAAACACUCUUAAGACUGGCUGAGUUAGCUACCACAUGGACCUGUUAGUCUGUUGUCCACAUGCACAACUUUACAUGUUUUUAUCUCUCAGAGCUUAAAAAGCGUUGACAACUGGCAGCUAGUUUCACUGAUUCGCCGCUUUUCUUUGUUGAUUUGGAGGCUUUCACGAUGAUCUCUCUCUGUAAAAGCUAUAAACACACACCACAAUAAGUCCUGUCGAGCAUCGCUGUGCUACAUUAAAGGGAAACUUCAGUGUUUUUCAACCCUAUGUUCCCAUGUUUUUUUGUCUAAUUGAUUAAUGGGA